AUGGAAACAAUCAAAACAAAAGAAAGUUCUGUGGGUUUAAACUACCCGAUGCUUACCAGAAGUAACUACACAACAUGGUCCCUCAAAAUGAAAGUGUUUAUGAAGGCGCAAGGAGUUUGGGGAGCAAUCGAACAAAAGGAUCCUAAAGUAGCCGUGGAUGAAAGAACGGUGCAGAUGGCUCUUGCAGCGAUAUAUCAAGGUGUGCCAGAGGAUAUAUUGCUGACCAUUGCUGACAAAGAAACUGCUAAGGAAGCUUGGGAGGCAAUUAAAACAAUGUGCAUGGGAGUGGAACGUGUAAAGGAGGCAAAGGUGCAAACAUUGAAGGGAGAAUUCGAGUCUCUUGUGAUGAAGGAAUCAGAAAAAAUAGAUGAUUUUUGUAUGAAGCUGAGCGGCAUUGUGACCAAUAUCCGGGUACUUGGAGAAACGCUGGAAGAAUCGAGUGUGGUAAGGAAAAUAUUACGUGCUGUUCCUGACAAGUUCCUUCAAAUAGCUUCAAAUAUCGAGCAAUUUGGAGAUAUGAAAGCUAUGACAAUUGAAGAAGUAGUGGGUCGACUUAAGGCUCAUGAAGAAAGAAUGAAAGGCAAGUGUGAGAGUGGAGGAGAACAACUUCUUCUGACUCAGAAAUGGAAGACAAGAGGUCAAGGAGGAGCACAUGGCAGAAAUGGUGGACGUGACAAAAAUAAAAUUAAGUGUUAUAAUUGCAACAUCUUUGGACACUACGCUUCAGAAUGUAAUAAACCACCACGAGACAGGGAGCAGAGACAAGAAGCUAACCUCACACAGAUGGAGGAUGAUGAGCCAGCUUUGUUAUAA